AUGUCGCCUGGGCCCAAGGAGCGUCUUCGAGGCGGCGACGUAGAGGAUGAGGAGGAGGACGAGCACCGGACCAGCAUCAUGGACCAGCAUCAUCAUCAUGACCCCUCGUCCUCGUCCGACUUUCGCGACCCCGAGUCUCCCACAUUAAACGAGGUCCUCCGCAAGUACAAGCGAGCUGCCUGUUCGGGCAAGCAAUGCCCGCACCCCGCCAACGUGUGGUUCCGCGACGCGCGAAGGGAACCCGAACGCGGGGGACAGCGGCAGGGGCAGGGGCAGCAGCAGCACCACCCACAUCAACGACGCAAAUCCAACAACAACACCAUAGUCCUCCGCGAGCUGAUCACGGAGCUGGCGCCAGACGUGCCCACCGCGUGGUCCGUCGUAGAGAGGUGCGAUGAGGAGGGGUGCAAGGACGACGGCGACAGCCCCAAAGAGGAAAACGAGCCAUCGUCAUCAUCAUCAUCAUCCCCAUCAACAUUCCCCCAGUUCCACCGUCUGCCCGCCGAGCUGCAGGAGCUCAUCUGGCGCGCCGCCGUGCCCCGCCGCUGGGUUCACUACGCGCUGCCCAGCAGCGGGGGGUUCGCCCCGGACGGCGGCGCGGGCAUGCGAUAUCCGCCGCUCCCUGUGCCGCAGGUCGCAUCCGUAUGUCGUGCGGCGCGACAUGUCGUCCUCGGCGGGGGUGCAAACGUCCUGUUUCGACGAGACAGGCCUGCUGGCACCCCUACUACUGAGGAGGAGGAGGGGGAGGGGCCGGCUAACAACAUGGAUAACCCCACCAUCACGUCGCCGUCGCCGUCACCAUCUUCAUCUAUUGCUGGUAGUACCGCCACGAGACAGUACGGGGACGUGGCAGCGGGCUUUAUCCAUGAGCAUGAUCUGCUGUACGUUACGCAAGAGCCGCAGCCGCAGCCGCAGCCGCAGCCGCAGCAGCACCACCACCACCACCACCACCACCACUACCAUCACCAUAACCCGGGACCCGGUGGAAGGGGGGGUGGCAAUGGAGGUAGUGGUAACAGUAGCAGUAAUACCGAGCGACAGCCAGCAGCCGCCGCCGCGCCGAUGAUGCAAGACGGUCAUGGUGGUGUCACAACAGCGACGUGGACCGCAGACAAGGCGCUGGGCGUCAUCCAAACCGCCGAGUCCAUCGCCGUUUGCUGGCAAGACCCAUGCUCGCUCUUCCUCGGCCCCAACAGCCCCAACGACCGGUUCGGCCACAGGCAGCUCGCCAGGUGGUCGUUUCUCAAGGGCUGCGCGGCGCUGCGGACUCUGUUUGUCAACUUUCGCGACCAGCCCGUGACCCUGCAAGUGCCAGUGAGGGCGUCGCGCCACCACCACCACUUGACGACAUCACCACCACCACCAGCAUCAUCAUCACCACCACCAUCACAUCUGAUUCCGAGAGACAGCAGCACCAGCACUAGCUGGACCGACGCCCUCAACCUCGUAAGGCUGUACGACGAUGACCGCCUCGCGCAGCUCACGCGCCUCGAGACGAGCCCAACGCGCACCUCCCUGCCGCGCUACCACUACGACGCCGGCAGGAGGACGAGGAGGUCGCGAGACGGCAACGGCGGCAACGGCGGCAGCGGCGGCGGCGGCACCACCACGCACCCGGGCCGGUGCCUCAACUGCGAGCGCGUGCAGUGGGAGCGCCACCACAGGCCCGCCGUGGAGCGCUUCUGGCUGCAAUUGUGGGCGGACGGGGAGCUGGGCGAGGCGGAGAGGGAGGCGGCGUUUCCGUCGCGCACCACGUACGACGCCAGUCACCCGUGGGUUCGGGACAAGAUGGAGAGGGCGCCAGAGUUUGUGCCUGUCGUGGCGGUCAGGAUUGAGAUACAGACUGAGUAGUAGUAGUAGUAUACCCGUUUUCUUUCGU